AUGUUUGGUAUUGAUGACGGAAAGUCUCCUAGCCCGAACGAAUUUACUUCGGCUUUCUUCAAGUCUUACAGGCAUGAGGUCAAAUGGUUAGCCUGCAAAAAUCCUUUGUUAUGUUCAGUCCCAACACUCCGGAUGACUUUAGGGAUUACUUGGCUGCAUCUUACUACUAAACCUUCUCUAAGCUCGUAUCUGGGUCUUCCAAUGGACAUGGGUUGUAGUAAAACGGCUGAGUUCGGGUUCCUAGUGGAUAAGAUUGUCCGUCGCUUAUCGGGUUUUGCCAGUCUUUGUCUGUCCUCUGCUGCAAACUUGGAUUCAUCAUCCUUCAUGGGGAUGUCGUGGUCUAGUGGAGGGCUUUUCUACUCUAUCCCAGGGGAUAGCUUGGAAGGAUCAAGAGUCAGUAUCUCAUCUCUUCAUGGAUUGUCCUUUAUCGAGAUGUUUUUGGGUCCGGGGUCCAUUGGGUUUUACUCGCAACUCUUUGCAUUCUUAACCUUUUUUGGUUUGGUUUACCAUUGUCAUCUCCCUCUUCACUUCCUUCAAAUAGCAGCGAAGUGGGUUGCUAAGAAUUCUCAGGCAUAUGAGGUAAAACAAAAAACCUGUCUUUUGCAUCGUGAUAGGGACACCUCUCCUCCAGAUUAUGUUCAUUGUCUUCGGAGAAUUUCUUCGGAUUCUAUAGCUUUGUGUUUACUUUUCAACGGCGCAUGGUCUUUGUCGGAUAAUUGUGCUGGUAUGGGUUGGAUUCUUCAAACGAUUAACUCUUCGCAGAAACUGAAGGAAUGUGAAAACAACUUCAUAAGGAAUGGAAGCUUGCUACAAGAAGAAAUCAUUGCCGUCUGUAAGGGAAAGAAUCUUCCCAUCCAUGUUUUCUCAGCUAACGAAGUUACAAAGAUGAGCACCUUCACUUCAGAUUAUAUACCGGAUGCUCAUUACCGAAUAUUCUGCGGUACAAUAGAUGAGGGCAACCGACGUGUUUUCAUCAAGAAAUUUCACUCAGUAAACUCAUUUGUUGGUGUAGAAGGCAUUCUUCGAGAAAUUGUCACAGCAACACAAAUGUGCAUGCAUCAAAAUUCUUUAAAGCUGAUAGGUUGUUGCCUCGAAACAGAACUUCCAGUUAUUGUGUAUGAGUUCCCUGAUCAAGGAUGUCUUCAAGAUAUUAUCAGUAAUACUAAUACAGGAUUUUUUCCAUGGAAACUCAGGUUAAAAAUUGGCUCCGAAAUAUCAUAUGCCCUUGCAUACCUCCAAAAUGGUUUUUGUAGGCCGGUGAUUUUCAGAAACUUGAGCAUUAAAGAUGUAUAUUUGGACAAAGACUAUGUCACGAAGCUCACAGGGUACUACUUCUCAGUGUUGAUCCCUGAAGGUGAAGUUCAUGUCAAUGAUGCAGUAGUUGGAACUACAGGUAGUAAUGCACCUGAGUAUAUAAUGUCUGGAAGGUUGACAGAAAAAACUGACGUAUAUUGUUUAGGUGUACUGCUUUUUGAGCUUUUGGUUGGCCGCAACAGGCUUACAUAUUGGUACCAAUUUGAUAUUUCUAGAAGAAUACGGGAACAUGACCAAAAUCUUAAGAUCAGUAUGUUCGUAGAUCCUGAAAUUUCAUGUGAAAUAGAAGAUAGUGGAAAGCAACAGCAAUUGCAGGAAGUAUUUGAGCUUGCUUGGAGAUGCACACAUCGUAAUGAAGAUGACAGACCAAGUAUGAUUGAAGUUGCAAGUGAGCUUAAGAAAAUUGCAGACUCUAAUUAG